CGUCUCGGUGCACAUGUUUUUCUUGUUAGGACAUGGAAUAACAAAAGAAACUAUUGAUCUUAUUGAGAGUAACCCCGCAGUUAUUUCUUGUACCGCGACUAUUCUACGCCUUUGGGAUGAUCUAGGAAGUGCCAAGGAUGAGAAUCAAGAAGGAUUUGAUGGUUCAUACAUUGAGUGCUACAUGAAGGAGAACCCUCAUUGCUCUACGCAUAACGCCAGAGAACACGUGAUGCAUUUGAUUUCUAAGAAAUGGGAAGAACUCAACAAAGAAUACUUCACUCAGAGAACCUUCUCACCUGAUUUUAUUGGGGCAUCAUUAAACUUUACAAGGAUGGUUAGAGUAAUGUAUGGGUAUGAUCAACAGCAAAAGCUUCCAAUGCUCGAGGAUUAUGCCAACUUGUUACUAUUUGCAAAAAUGUAAUGAACUUUAAUAUCUCGGGAAUAAUUAUCAAAAAAAAUAUAUCUACAUAUAUUAUUCAAAAGAAACAGACUCAAUAAUAUAUU